AUGCCUAGUCCGGCAUACAUUGCGCCAGUUUCGGGGUUUGUUUUUGGUCAUGCUGACAGUGGCUCUUCUCUCAUUGACUACCUGCCUACGCGGCUAGCAGCGGAUCGCUUGGUUAAACAAUAUUAUACAGCCGUUCACCCUGUCGCGCAAUUGCUCUACUAUCCCAGCUUUGAGAAGGAAUAUGAGAAUUUUUGGGAAGAUAUUUCGCUCGGAAUUGAACCUCCUACUUCGGUGCAGGCAAUCGUAUUUGCUGCAGGGGCGGUCAGUAUGAGCGAAAUGGUUAUUUUGAGAGAUUUCGGUGUGCCUAAGUACCGGUUAAUCAAUAACUUCAAGUCACAGAGACAGCGCUUAGCAAGUCUCACUUUCUACGCACUACGAAGGUCGAAACCUUGCAGGCAUUUGUUAUGUACCUUACCCAACUGUGCCGCGCAGAAACAUCACGCAAUUCGUAUGGCUGAAUGCAUGGGCCUCCACCGAGAUGGCGAGACAUAUGGGUUGAACCCCAUCGAGACCCAAGUUCGACGACUGAUCUGGUAUCAGUUGUGUGGCGAGAACCUGGACCGCAUUUGGCAUUGCCUGGACUACGUUUUCGAAACCGAUCCUUCUGAGCCGCGGGACAUGAAAGCUGGCAAGGUUCUCUGCGAACUACAAGAGAAGACUACGGUGUAUCAACAGUUCCGCAAGAUGCGUGCAUCACCGGCAAUGCUCAAGCACGAUGGGCAACGGCCCCCACGGCGAGUUGAUAGAAAUAUAAAUUCAGGCGCAUCGUCCGUCAGUGCACAACAUGGGGAUGCAGCGGGCAUAGAACCCACUUUGAUCGGCAAAGUGCCUGUGCCUGAUGUUGUUUUUGCUGGGGUUUCCAACGGUGAGGCUCUUUGGGCACUUCCUAGUUAUGGGAGUCCUGCGGGGAGUAGUGACUCGGGGGGUGUUCCAGGCCAAGCCAACCCUGUUCAAAUGCUGAAUACAAAGAUGGAAUAUUCGAUGCCCGAAAUUGACUGGGAUGCGAUUGAUAUCUUGUUUCCACCGAAUGAAUCGGGUGAAAUGAUGCAACAGGAGUUGAUGGAGUAUACAGGAUAG